AUGAUACACAAAGUGAAAGACAUGAGUGCACAGAGUGACCUAUUCCUGAAUGUAAAGAUGACAAAGAUCUUGGUGGUGGAUAAGUACAGGACAGACCAAGGUGACUUCACCGUAGACGGAGAGAUGAUUCGGGAAGUGGAUGAUUUUGUGUACUUGGGAUCCACAAUCAGCACCAGUGGAACAAGCACACCAGAGAUAUGGAGAAGGCUCGCGAUAGCGAGGCAAGCGGUACAAGAUAUGGAGAACAUCUGGAAGAGUCGUGGCGUGUCAAUGCUGCUGAAGAUAAGGCUACUUCGGGCUGUCACUUUCUCUAUUGCAGCGUAUGGCUGCAAGUCGUUGACAAUGUUGAAGGCAGACGAGAAAAGAGUGAACGCUUUUGAAAUGUGGUGUUACCGCAGAAUCCUUAGUGUCAUGGACGGAGAGAAGGACAAACAACUGUGUACUAGAAAAGCUCGGUUGCAAGAUGACACUUCGGCGAAACAUCAUGAAGUGGAAGCUACGGUUCUUUGGCCACGUCAUGCGCUAGGAUGGACUUGA